AUGCGUAUGACUCGCGCUGCUUUGCGGGCUCAGGCUCAUGACGACACUGACACUGAACUGCACCCUACAAUUAUCCACGAAGAUGGUGACGCGGAUGCGCUGCAGAACAGCAAUAGCGAGGACUCUGAUGGCGCCAACCACGACCCUUACUCUUCGCGCCCGGUGUUGAAAGACAUCACGCACGAUAACUACACAAUUACCGAGGAUGUCAAUGCCACCGAGAAACACACUAACGCUGUAGACGAAGAGACUGCGCCUGCGCUCCCGAAGAAAACUAGGGGCAAGAGAAAGGGGAAGCCGAACAAAAAAGAGAAGGAGGAAGACACAAGUGUCGAAGACACUAGCACCAAAAAUGAAAAGGAGGCAGAUACGGAAGAGCAAGCAUGGGGAGUUGCUGAAGACAUUGGUUCUGGGGACCCGAGUUUCUCAUCUGAAGCUGUCAGGAACCAAGAGCGGCCCCAAGAACCGUCGCACACCGUUUCUGAGGAGACAGAGUACGGCAACAAAUUCAUAUCCGAAACGGUCAGCGAUCCCAUGCCCUGGGAAAAUGUAGUCACCGACCAGCUCCCAGUCAGUGAAGUUCUGGUCGCGCCCGAGCCGGUGCAACCCAAUCAACUUCACGACUUUACAUCCACACGCAGUGACUCUCUGCAUAACUCAACAUCGGCAGCAGGAGAUACUGGUAGCGAUCCGCCCAAAACACCUAAAUUCGAUCCAUCAAUCCACGUACCAAACGACGACGUUGCGACGCCAGCUACGGAUACUGCAGAAGAUUCCUUCGUUGACAAGAUCAAGACUAGGUCUCCAAGCAAGAUACAAAGCUACACAGAAGUCAGCCCUUCCGACUGCUCUAUCGAGAACACCAUGACACGCAUAUCGCGGAUCGAGGACUCUGUUGACGCGAUCGACGCCUUAGAGGACGCGAUUGAGAAGGUCUCUGAAGGUUUGCCAGUGUUGGGCGGACUCCAGAUCGAGUCUCCUGUCAAAUCUCGGAAGAAUACACCCACUCGCCAGCCUGCUCAAUCUUGUACCCCUGCGCCAAGCGCUAUGAAGACACGCCGAAGUCCAACAAAGAAUUCCCAUAUUUCGCCUACCAAAACAACCACUGUUGUGAGGUCUUCCGGCCCAACAAAGCCGACUAUUGUACGCCCAUCAGCUCCAAAACCAGCAAGCAAACCAGUAGCUAUGACAAAACAGGCGAAGAAACCUAUCAUUGACGGCAACAAGCCUAGAGAAUCCAUCGCUUCGUCUCAUCCAGCGUUAUCGUUCUCGAAUUCCCCAUCCAAGGGGGUUUCAAAUACUUCGCAGAAGCGUGUCCCCAGUACGAGACUGUCCACGACAAAACCUGCCUUUGUUCCUGCCAAAUCGUCCAAGCCACCCACCAAGCCCACAUUCUCUUUGCCUGGGGAAGCCAUCUCGGCAAAGCUUAAGGCUCAGCGAGAAGAGCGCCUGAAACGAGAAGAAGAGGCAGAGAAGGAGAGAAAGCAGUUCAAGGCGAGGCCUGUACCGACCAAGACCUCCCGCCCAAGUGUCGUACCCAGAGAGAACAAAGCCAGUCAGGCGAGGAUGAGCCUCUAUGCUACUGGAGUAAACAAGGAAAACAUUGCACCUAAAGCGGCUUCUAGACCGGCGGCAGCUGAUCCCAAACCUCGGCCCUCGUCAUUCUGUGCAAAACCAAGUUCUGACCAGACAAGGGCCAACUCGGGCAUUCGACGUGCGACGAGUGUCAUGGAGAAACCGCUCAUGGCCAAACCUCGAGUUUCAUCCCUACAAUUGGCCUCCGGUCAGAAGUCCACAGUUACCAAAGACGAUGUGGCUCAGCAAAAGGUGAAAGGCAAAGAAGUGUUCAGUCGGAACAAAGCCGAGAUGGAGCGAUUGGAAAAAGAGAGGAAGGAAAAAGAAGAGGCCACUCGUAGAGCUCGUGCCGAGGCGGCCGAACGAGGCAGACAGGCGAGUCGAGAAUGGGCGGAGAAACAGAAGAAGAAAAUGGCCACGCAAGCUGCUGUGAAGGAGUCAGGAAGCCACGAUGGCAACUUUGAGACGCAGUCACAUUCUACCGCGGUAGCUGCCUCCUCCUAG